AUGGCACGUUUCAAUUUCCUUGCAGAGUGCGGAGGAAGCAGGACUCCAUGUGCGUUUAUUUCGCGAUCAUCCAAGAGUAAAAGAAACACUGUGCCUGUAAACAGAAGCAGGCGAACAACCUGCGAUUCAAGUGACACCUAUAGGACAGCUGAUGGCACGUGUAAUAACGUGGAGAAUUCAAGCUGGGGAGCUGCAGGUGCUCAACUUGCAAGGUGGCUUGAACCUGAGUAUGCCAGCGGAACUGGUGGAAACCCCAGAGCUCUGGCCUCUGACGGCUCAGACCUGCCUAACGCAAGAAGUAUCAGCAAUCAUGUUCACUUUGAGCUGAGUUUCCUGUCUGUUAAACACUCCGUCAUGGUGAUGCAGUGGGGGCAGUUUCUUGACCACGAUAUUACCGGAACUCCGGUGUUGACAGAUAAUGGAAGCGACAUUGACUGUUGUGACAGAACUGAUUCUGUUCUCAGCGACCCUGAUUCUCCAUGUUUCCCGAUCAACCUUCCUGAUGGUGAUUUCUACUUUGGCGAUGGUAAAUGUAUGAAUCUGGUGAGAUCGGAGGCUGUUUCCGGAACAGGCACAGAUUCCUCAAAUCCUCGACAACAGUACAACGAACUCUCCGCUUUCAUAGACGGUUCCCAGAUCUAUGGCAUUUCUGACUCCGAAAUGGCUGAGCUCAGAGACACUGACUCUGGAUCUGGAUUGCUGAAAGUGGGAACAAAUAACCUUCUGCCAGAAGGAGAUUCUGACGAUUGCUUUCUCGAUACCUCUGAUUCAAGCAACUACUGUUUCAAAGCAGGUGACUCGAGAGUCAAUGUCUUCCCUGGCCUUAGCGCUCUGCACACACUGUUCAUGAGAGAACACAACCGUGUUGCAACAGCUCUCAAAGGAUAUAACAGUGACUGGGAUGACGAGAAACUCUUCCAAGAAGCACGACGAAUAGUCAUUGCUGAACUUCAGGUUAUCACAUACAACGAAUGGCUGCCUCAAGUUCUCAGUGACGACGGGGCUGCAAACUACAGCCUCGGACUCGGCAACUACAACUACAAUUCUACCCUUGACCCAUCACUAAGUAACGUCUUCUCGACGGCAGCUUUUCGAUUUGGUCAUUCCAUGGUGCCAGAAAACCUGACGAUAGGAGGUGAAGUCGUGGACACUGGUGACCUGUUCAAGAGGACCAAAUAUGUCAUCAACAGCCUGGAUAACGUUAUCAGUAGUUUUCUGGAUGCUCCUGGUGAACGAGCUGAUGCAUGGUAUGUCGAUGGCAUGAGGCAGAGAAUGUUUGAAGAAGAUUCUGCCACAAAGGACGGAUUUGACAUUGUGACUCUGAACAUUCAGCGUGGAAGGGAACAUGGUUUACCUUCCUACAACGACUGGAGAGACUACUGUGGUCUCGGCAAAAUUACCUCUUUCACAUCCGAUAAUGAUUUCGGAUUAUUUCAAGCUAAUGAUCUCGAGGAAAUGUACCACAGCGUCGAUGACAUUGACCUGUACAGUGGAGGCAUUGCUGAAGCUCCUGUUGCUGGAGCAGCUGUAGGACAAACUUACAUCUGUCUGAUCGGCGAACAGUUCAAGAAACUGAGAGAUGGGGACAGGUUCUGGUUUGAAUCUACAGACGCUGUCACUGGGUUUACGUCCGAUCAAAUAACUCAGUUGGAAAAGGCAACAUUGUCUCGUAUCAUUUGUGAUAAUGCGGACAACAUCAGCACCAUCCAGCGUCAGGCCUUCCUGAAUGUUAACAUUGGCGGCGUUGAAACAGCAAACCCCGAAGUGAGCUGCUCUACACUGAAGGAAGUGAGGCUUAGAAAAUGGCAAGAAUAACAACAAGAACACAUACCUAUCCUAUCCACGUCUUGUCAGCAAGC